CUCAUUUCAGCUGAAGACGGAUCAGCAUGUGAAGGCAGCUAACUCAGGUACAAACCAAAGACUGAAGGAUGGAAAGUGACAGCCAGUAUUCCCUCCUGGUCGGCAUGGCGUACUUAUUUAACACUAUGUUUGGGACCGGGAUUCUUGCGCUGCCAAGGGCCUUCGCGAGCGGAGGGUGGCUAGUGAGCACCGUCACUCUGCUCUCCUCAAUAGCACUGAGCUACGUCACGGUGACAUUCCUGAUUGAAGCGAUCGCCUGUGCCUGCGGGAAGACAGCCGGGAGCGAGGAGACGAGAGAAGGAAAAGGACGAAUUACUCCUGCUGACAUGGUCAUGGAAGACAUUGCCAUGGCUGAUAAAAACGAGUGGAAAGAGAGGAAAGCUCUUAUUGAAAAGGAGCCUGACGGCUGUGUCUGCUGCAGAUCUGGGUCAGAAUCAGUUUUGUGCCUGAGUGUUUUUGAUAUAAACAAAACAAUGUCUUUAACUGAUCUGACAGCGAUGUACUUUAACCCAGUUGGAGACAUCCUGAGUCGCAUUGUCCUGCUGCUGUCGAUCUGGGGCUCCCUGACGAUGUACUUGACCAUGGUGCCCUUCAGCUUAACAAACCUCCUGUGCAAACCCGAAACAGACUGCGACAAACUCGGCAAUUUCUCCUCCAUCGCUGAUGAAGCUCUUUGCUGGGGGCCCCUCACCAAAAUCAGCAUCUACAGAAUCUUUCUGACCCUGUUUAUCCUGCUGGUCGGUCCGUUUGUGUUCUUCUCCAUUCAGAAGAAUAAGUACAUCCAAGUCUUCGCCUCCAUCAUGUCCUUCGUGGUUUUCUCCAUCAUGUUUAUAACAUCAGUCGUCAUCCUAGCGAGGGGGCGAGGCAGCGGGACCCCCAUCCUGGCGGAUUUCAACGCCUUCCCCAGCGUGUUUGGGGCCUGCUCGGUGGCCGCUGUGUCCCACACUGUCCUCCCCACGGUUGUCCCGCUGAUCCGGAACAAAACCCACCUGGGCCAAGGAGUGCUGGUGGUGUUUGCCACGGUCACCCUGCUGUACUUCACCUUGUGCCUCUUCGUGGUGUUCGUGUUCCCGAAGAAAGACAUCCAAGCGGUGAUCCUUGUCAAUUUUGCAACCUGCUCCGUUGUCCCCGUGGUUUUCGUGAUCUACAUUCUCGGCCUCUACACGACUAUCAAAGUGUCCGCCAAUUUCCCGGUGAACGGCGUCACGUUAAGCUACAACCUGAAGUCCAUGUUUGCGAGGUUCCAGUGCUCUCACGCGUGGCCAGUGGACAGGCUGCUCUUCCCCCUGGCCGUGAUCGCGCCUCCGCUGGCCAUUUCCUACGGCACCCACAACAUCGAGAUGAUCGUGGGGAUCACCGGCUCGUACACGGUGAACUUCAUCCAGUACGUCAUCCCGCCCACGCUGGUGUACCUGAGCAGGAAGGAGGCACGGGCGCGGUUUGGGGAUGAUGUCCUGAUAAAGCAUGCUUCCCCGUUUCAGCAUGGCUUCUGGAUAAUCCUGGCCCUGCUGUACGCAGCUGUGGGGCUGGUGGUUUCCACCAUCUUCUAUGUAAAAAGCCUUGCAUGAAGUCGGCACGGAGAACGCAAUCUUUUUUUUCUAGUUUUGCAUGGAAGAACAUCAGGGAUGUAUUUAAAAGACGGGAGCAAGGACAAACCAUGUGCAUUUGUUUUAUAGAACAUUCCCAGCUAUUUCCAUCAUUAGAAGUUUCUAGGAUAAUGUAAAAUCAUGUGUUUCUGAUCCCUAGAGCCCUUUCUACAUAUAUCAUAUUCCCUGCUAUAUGAAACCGUAACUACAUCCCUUAACAUUACAAUAAUAAUAAUAAUAAUAAUAAUUUUGAAUAUUACACACCCAUAUUAAGGCUGUAAUUCCUUCAACAGAGGUUGCUUAAGACAGUAAAUAAUACAAUUCUAUAGUUUAUAGAGAUUUGCCAAGUUAAGUUCAACCCCCCUGCCCCCUUGACUGGUAAAGAUUAGCUUAAUUAAAAUGUAUAAAAGGCUUAGUAUUCUGUUUAAAAAAGAGGAUUCGGUAAUGAAAAUAAUUAUAUUUUUUAAUCCAUAUAAUUUCUGAAUAAUACGCAUGUCACAUGCUGGUAUAAGAUGUGAAAAGGCAGAUAUAAUUGUUUUUUGGAAAAUGUAUUUAGAAAAAAAUGUCCGCAGGCCCUAUUUUGGUGCCUGAGCAAAGGAAUGAGAGGAGACGGAGUUUAGGAAGGCGCUGCUUCUGUCCAGCUACCUGCUGUCACAAUGAUUUGAAUCUCCUGUAUACACGUGUCUUUGCCUUUGCAGAUGUGCUCCACAAUGGGUCUCCUUCUCUUCUCACAUCACUACACUUCUUGUGAGUCGAACAUACAACAUAUGCACAUUUUCAUUAUAAUAACUAUACAUUAGUUUGCCCUUCUGAUGGCUUCAACCUGCGCAAAUGUUCAAUCAUUUAAAACACAUACAUUUCCCACCCCUGGAAAGUUUGAUCAUAUUUUGGUGGCAGGGAUAGGGUUAAAAUGCACUGUGAUCUCUCUGUCCUGUGCAUUCCAGCCAUGUGAGUAUAGCUGGAAUGGAGGAAACCGGACACCUUGAUUGGCAGGCCUGUUGACCAAUCAAUCAAUGAAUCAAUUAUUGUUUUAAUUAAUCCACCAGGUGGGUAGAAGCGAGGCUGCAGAAAGCCAGAGAUGGGAGAGAGGACAGCUAGGCAAAUUGUAUUGCCAGUAGGUGCUGUUCAA